AUGAGGCCAAUACUGAUGAAGGGGCACGAGAGGCCCUUGACCUUCCUCAAGUACAACAGGGACAGCGACCUCCUCUUCUCUUGCGCCAAGGAUCACAAACCCACCGUCUGGUUCGCCGACAAUGGCGAGCACCUCGGCACCUACCGCGGCCACAAUGGCGCCGUUUGGUGCUGCGACGUUUCCCGGGACUCCUCCCGCCUCAUCACUGGCAGCGCUGAUCAGACCGCCAAGCUCUGGGACGUUCGGACCGGCCGACUGCUCUUCACCUUCAACUUUGACUCCCCGACCAGGGCUGUUGACUUAUCCGUCGGCGAUCGGCUGGCUGUUAUCACCACCGACCCCUUCAUGGGGGUCACGUCCGCGAUUCACGUCAAGCGCAUUGACAGAGACCCCGAAGAUCAGGUUGGUGAAUCGAUUUUGAUUCUCAAGGGACCUAAGGGACGAAUUAAUAGAGCUGUUUGGGGGCCUUCGAACAGAACCAUCGUAAGCGCCGGAGAAGACGCAGUUAUUCGCAUUUGGGAUGCAGAGACCGGUAAAUUACUUAAGGAGAACGACCAGGAAGUGGGUCACAAAAAGACGAUAACUUCACUUACAAAAUCCGCCGAUGGUUCACAUUUCCUAACUGGUUCCCUUGAUCAAUCUGCCAAGCUUUGGGAUACUAGAGAGUUGACACUUAUCAAGACCUAUGUGACAGAGCGUCCAGUCAAUGCUGUUGCAAUGUCUCCUCUUCUUGAUCAUGUGGUACUUGGUGGUGGUCAGUAUGCAGGAGAUGUCACCAGAACUGAUCAUCGUGCUGGGAAAUUCGAAGCCAAAUUCUACGACAAGAUUCUUGAAGAAGAGAUUGGAGGUGUUAAAGGGCAUUUUGGACCUUUAAAUGCUUUGGCUUUCAACGGGCUUAUAGCUUAG